CUCCGCUGCUCCGGCCACCGGACCAGCUGAGAGACCAGCCAUGUCUCUCAGUGGAGCCUCUGAACGCAGCGUUCCGGCUACCAAGAUUGAGAUUACCGUGUCCUGCCGGAACCUGCUGGACCUCGACACCUUCUCCAAGUCCGACCCCAUGGUGGUGCUUUACACGCAGAGCCGGGCCAGCCAGGAGUGGAGGGAGUUCGGACGGACCGAGGUGAUCGACAACACGCUGAACCCAGACUUCGUGCGCAAAUUCGUCCUUGACUAUUUCUUUGAAGAAAAGCAAAACCUGCGCUUCGAUGUGUACAACGUCGACUCCAAAACCAACAUCUCCAAACCGAAGGAUUUCCUGGGACAAGCGUUCCUGGCCCUGGGAGAGGUGAUUGGAGGCCAGGGUAGCCGCGUAGAGCGACCCCUCACGGGUGUACCAGGAAAGAAGUGUGGGACCAUAUUGCUGACCGCAGAAGAGCUUAGCAAUUGCCGGGACAUUGCUACCAUGCAGCUGUGUGCAAACAAGCUGGACAAGAAGGACUUCUUUGGGAAAUCAGACCCCUUCCUUGUGUUCUACAGGAGCAAUGAGGAUGGCACGUUCACCAUCUGCCACAAGACAGAGGUUGUGAAAAACACACUGAACCCCGUGUGGCAGCCCUUCAGCAUCCCUGUGCGGGCACUGUGCAAUGGAGACUAUGACAGAACAGUGAAGAUCGAUGUGUAUGACUGGGACCGGGAUGGAAGCCAUGACUUCAUUGGUGAGUUCACCACCAGCUACCGGGAGCUGAGCAAGGCCCAGAACCAGUUUACAGUAUAUGAGGUACUUAACCCUCGGAAGAAAUGUAAGAAGAAGAAAUAUGUCAACUCGGGAACUGUGACACUGCUCUCUUUCUCUGUGGACUCUGAAUUCACUUUUGUCGAUUACAUCAAAGGAGGGACCCAGCUGAACUUCACAGUAGCCAUUGACUUCACAGCUUCUAAUGGGAAUCCCCUGCAGCCAACCUCCCUGCACUACAUGAGUCCCUACCAGCUCAGCGCCUAUGCCAUGGCCCUCAAGGCAGUGGGAGAAAUCAUCCAGGACUAUGACAGUGACAAGCUCUUCCCAGCCUACGGCUUUGGGGCCAAGCUGCCCCCAGAGGGACGGAUCUCCCAUCAGUUCCCCCUGAACAACAAUGAUGAGGACCCCAACUGUGCGGGCAUUGAGGGUGUGCUGGAGAGCUACUUCCAGAGCCUGCGUACAGUGCAGCUCUACGGGCCCACCUAUUUUGCUCCUGUCAUCAACCAGGUGGCCAGGGCUGCAGCCAAAAUCUCUGAUGGUUCCCAGUACUAUGUCCUGCUCAUCAUCACCGAUGGAGUCAUCUCUGACAUGACACAGACCAAGGAGGCCAUUGUCAGUGCCUCCUCACUGCCCAUGUCUAUCAUUAUUGUUGGUGUGGGACCAGCCAUGUUUGAGGCAAUGGAAGAGUUGGAUGGUGAUGAUGUACGUGUAUCCUCUAGGGGCCGCUAUGCUGAGCGGGACAUCGUUCAGGUAGACCUGACCAGGGAGAGGAAGUCAUGGAGCUGAAAGGCAUGAUAGGAAGGAGAGACUAAGUUGGCAGCCAUUCUUUCUUCUGCCUUCUUAAUCACCCACCUUUCACCCCUCACUCUUUUAGCCCUCCUGCUUUCACUGAACAAAAUCUUGGUGAGAAACAGGCAGGUUGCUAUAGCCAUUAUGGAUCCAUAGUGUAGAUCCCCAAGGCCUCUGCCUUCUAAUGGAGGCAACCAAUAAUAAUCACACAGCUGAUUAUCUCAUUAGGUUGUGAAAGUGCUCCAGAGGAACAGCAAAUGCCACUGUGAGAGUCUAUAACAAGGACCUGUCUUAGGUAGGGUAGUCAGGGAAGGCUUCUUUGAGGAAAUUACAUUUGAGCUGAAACCUGUAAGCAUUACAGGCAGAGGAACAGCAUGAAAGAAGGCCCUGAGGCGCAGAAGAAUUGGUCCAAUCAUGGAAAAGGCAAGAAACCAGGGUAACAGGAUCACAGUGAGUAAGAGAAAGGGGAAGCCAAGGCUAUGCCGAUCAUGGUGAGAUUUGGGUUUUGUUCUUUAAAAAUUGGAAAGCUCUUGCAUGAUUUCAUAUAGGGAAGUGAGAU